AAGUGUGCGUCGGUCGCAGAACAAAUUUUAAUAUUUUUGAGCUGUUUUGAGCAAUGACGUCAUUUGCUUUCCUGUAGCAAUAACUCCGGUUUGCCACUAUUCAGUUUCAUAUGCGUGCUCUUGCGUUAUUUUUAUAAUUUUUACCAGAGAUAUGAAAUAUUGGGGUUGAUUAUUCUGAACUAACAAUCGUGAACGAGCGAAUUUUGUCUAUAUACAAAUAGUCAAAAUGUCCCUUGCAAAUGGAGAGAGUGCCAAAGAUGAAAAUCCGGAGACCGCUUUGAUAGAGGAAAAAUCUUCUACCAAAGUUAAAGAAGAUAAGUCAGAAGUACAACCGGUACCAUGGCCUUACAUGAGCAUGUCAUCUUUGGGCUUAUCGCUUGCGAUGAAACUUGCUGCAGUAGGAAUCAUCUGGAGUUGGGGUUACAUGAAUUUAAGCAUUGGCUGGCUCGUUGCUCCUGUCGCGCUUGCUGUAUGGAAAUCUGAAAAUACUCGAAACAACGAAUUGAAAAGACUUACUGCGCAAGCUGCCGUGAUGGCCAAAGAAAAGGAUUUAAUUAUGAGCAGAAUCGAUGAAUUGCCAUCAUGGGUUUACUUCCCAGACUUUGAUAGAGCCGAAUGGUUGAAUCGGAUAUUGUUCAAGGUGUGGCCUGGCAUGAAUCAUUUUGUCAGAGGAAUUUUCAAGGAGACUAUCCAGCCAUCAAUUGUUCAAGCACUUUCGGAAUAUAAAUUGAAAGGUUUCAAAUUUGAGAGAUUAGUAUUGGGACGUAUUCCUCCUAAAGUGUACGGUAUUAAAGUUUACGAAAAAAAUACAUCGAGGAAUGAAAUUAUUCUCGAUUGCGAUAUUUUAUAUGCGGGUGACUGCGAUAUUUCUUUUUCAUUUGGGAAUCUAAAAGGUGGAAUUCGCGAUUUCCAGCUUCGUGGCAUAAUUCGGGUCGUUAUGAAGCCAAUGCUCAAUGUAGUUCCCCUCGUCGGUGGUGUUCAGGUGUUUUUUUUGAAUAACCCAUCCAUUGAUUUCAAUCUUGUUGGUGCUGCUGAUGUUCUCGAUCUUCCUGGUUUCAAUCAGGUAUUACGAAAGGUAAUUAAGGAGCAAGUAGCGGCAGUCAUGGUGCUACCAAACAAACUCAUUAUUCCCCUCAGCGAAGAAGUUCCAGCAGAAACUCUAAAAAUGCCCGAACCAGAGGGAAUAUUGAGAAUUCACGUGGUGCAAGCGAAGCAUUUGAUGAAAAAAGACAUCGGAGUUCUUGGAAAAGGAAAAUCGGAUCCUUACGCAGUGAUAAACGUGGGCGCUCAAGAGUUCAGAACAAAAACGAUAGACAACACGGUCGAUCCGAAGUGGGAUUAUUGGUGCGAGGCUGCGAUCGAUACACGAAGUAUAGGGCUAAAUGCUGCGGUGUCUGUUUGGGACUUGGAUCCAAACAUCGCUGGUAUUGAGUCUGAUGACUUACUUGGCAGGGCCACUAUCGAAGUUAGCCGCGUCAAGAGGAAGGGAAUGAUCGACACGUGGUUAACUCUUGAGUUUGCAAAACAUGGGAUGGUUCAACUGCGUCUGACUUGGUUGAAACUUUCAAAAGUUGCCAAAGAUUUAGAGGCUGCGCUUAUUGAAACACAACAACUCAGAGUCACAUCAAUGAGUACUGGCUGCCUCAUCCUCUACGUUGAUUCUGCGAAGAACUUACCGUGCCUUCGAGGCAGCAAACAACCAGACGUCUUUCUUGAAGCGAGUGUUGGAUCCAAAACCGAGAGAACGAAGACGGUUCUCCGCUCCUGCGAUCCAAUUUGGGAACAAGGUUUCACAUUUUUGGUUGGAAAUCCAGAAACUGCAAGCCUCAACGUGAAGAUCUCGGACGAAAAAACCGGUAUGAACGUCGGAACGAUGAGUUAUAAUUUGGUUUCCCUCCUCAAAAAAAAAGAUAUGGAAGAUAUGCAGCAGCCUUACGACCUGCAAAGUGCCGGUCCUGACAGCAAACUCGUUUUGUCAAUGUCCCUGAGGAUUCUGAAGUACGAGGAUCCUCAGCCUACAUCCGAAGCAGAUGACGACGAUCAUGAUAUUAAUGAAUUGAACAAAAACAUUGAGCGACAAGAAUCAACAGUCAGCAGUUCGAUAUCAAACAGUGUUCCAACAACACCAUUGCAAAAACAGCCUUCGAAAGAAUCGGUGCACAGUGUAUCACACAGCGCAGUGUCAACCACCGUGGGGGUUACAGCCCCUUCGGAUUCUUUGAGCGAAGAACCGGUCGUUGAAGAAACCAUGAUGCCUUCGAUGACUGCCGAAGCAAUAGGCGCGCAUCCCGGCUUGAUUCACCGGCAUCCUAGUCAAACCUCGUCAGUGGGGGAAGCUAAACUUGGCAGAAUUCAACUGACGCUACGUUACAGCGUGCCGCGACAAAAGUUAGUCGUGGUGGUGCACAAAGUAUCAAAUUUGCCAUUACCGCAAAAUGAUCCGUUCAACAUACCAGAUCCGUACGUGAAGCUUUAUCUUUUACCGGAUCGUCAUAAAGAGACCAAGCGCAAAACUGCCGUGAUGAAGGACAACGUGAAUCCGACGUACGACGAGCAAUUCGAAUACGUUGUUUCCCAGGGUGAUUUGAACACUCGAGUUUUGGAGAUAUCCGUGUGUACGCAAAAAGGUUGGCUAUCGUCGGGGAGCAACGUUAUGGGUCAGAUAUAUUUGAAUCUUUCGGACCUCGAUAUCACACGUGCCACGACAAGCUGGUACGAUUUGUUGCCAGAAAUGAAGGAUUAAAAAGUCAUCGGGAAAAAGAACGAAGCCUGCACUUACUGUUGCACGUGUUGUUCAAAAUAUAACAAGCUAAAACGCCUGAUCAAAAUUAUAUUGCGCUAAAAGUCGUCAAACUGUUUCUACGAAAAAAAAAUGCGACAAGCUCAAUCAAGAUCUUUGUUAAGGAAUUUUGUUUUCUCAUUUCGUUAAAAACUUCAUAGUUUAUGGUCUCAGGCACGAGGAAUACUUACAUUGGGAACACUAACUCUAGGUUUAUAAAUUACGCAAUUUUCGAAAUUCCCCCCGACAAUUCCGCUUGUGCAUUCUUUUUGCUAUGUUUCAUAUUUUACUUCUCAUUAUCAUACAGUAUUAUUCUGCACUUCUGCUACACACGAGCUCCAAAAUACAAAUGAGAUUUUCCACAUAAAUUCAUCAACCAUUUUUCGUUUAAAAUCACGAAAGUUUAUUUAAUUUUUUACUAACUUUUUUUUUGACAACAGUCGUGUGAUACACUCUCUACUUGAGAUUAUUGCAGGUUAAAAUGAAAAAAUAGAAUUGAGACUCCAUGAUAUUCAUUCAGUACUGCCAUCACUUUGCGCUGGUUGUGAAGUUUUUUCUUUCAAUUUCGAAAAUUGUAGCCCGCAGCCUCGAGUUUGAGCUAACAUUCUAUUCUUGCUAAUUAACAACAAUAACAUUGAUAUAUAUUCAAAUAUGUAUUGACUCGUACACUGUUGAGUCGAAUAUACACUCAUUAUAUUUGUACGAGACGUUUUUGCUAUAGUAUAUACUAUUUAUACAUAAAUACACUUAGAAACCAAACAUGGAAACUUUGUGUGAUUAUGAAAAAAAAACAUCAAGAAAUUUGUUGAGUGCUGGCCAUGGAAAUAAAAAUGUGCAUUUACAAUUCUA